AUGACUACCAGUCGUGUGCAGCACUGCGAAAAUUACACAAAGAGGGAAUUCCCGCACAAGGCACAUGCAGAACAAGGGUCAGCUCGCAGAAGGGAGUCCUUGAAAGACUGUGAUGAUUCAGAAGCAGAACCAUCUGACUGUGAUGAUCCCGAUGAAGCAGAACCAUCUGACUGUGAUGAUUCCGAUGAAGCAGAACCAUCUGACUGUGAUGAUUCCGAUGAAGCAGAACCAUCUGACUGUGAUGAUUCCGAUGAAGCAGAACCAUCUGACUGUGAUGACUCCGAUGAAGCAGAACCAUCUGACUGUGAUGAUUCCGAUGAAGCAGAACCAUCUGACUGUGAUGAUUCCGAUGAAGCAGAACCAUCUGACUGUGAUGACUCCGAUGAAGCAGAACCAUCUGACUGUGAUGAUUCCGAUGAAGCAGAACCAUCUGACUGUGAUGAUUCCGAUGAAGCAGAACCAUCUGACUGUGAUGAUUCCGAUGAAGCAGAACCAUCUGACUGUGAUGAUUCCGAUGAAGCAGAACCAUCUGACUGUGAUGAUUCCGAUGAAGCAGAACCAUCUGACUGUGAUGACUCCGAUGAAGCAGAACCAUCUGACUGUGAUGAUUCCGAUGAAGCAGAACCAUCUGACUGUGAUGACUCCGAUGAAGCAGAACCAUCUGACUGUGAUGAUUCCGAUGAAGCAGAACCAUCUGACUGUGAUGACUCCGAUGAAGCAGAACCAUCUGACUGUGAUGAUUCCGAUGAAGCAGAACCAUCUGACUGUGAUGAUUCCGAUGAAGCAGAACCAUCUGACUGUGAUGAUUCCGAUGAAGCAGAACCAUCUGACUGUGAUGAUUCCGAUGAAGCAGAACCAUCUGACUGUGAUGAUUCCGAUGAAGCAGAACCAUCUGACUGUGAUGAUUCCGAUGAAGCAGAACCAUCUGACUGUGAUGACUCCGAUGAAGCAGAACCAUCUGACUGUGAUGAUCCCGAUGAAGCAGAACCAUCUGACUGUGAUGACUCCGAUGAAGCAGAACCAUCUGACUGUGAUGACUCCGACAGUUCUGAUGAUGAGGUUGUAGAUAUGACCAGCAGUAUAAUGGACAAGCAGUAUUCAUCCAUGUUCUUCGGCUUUGUGGAUAGCCUUCAGCAGGUGUGUCAGCUGUACCUAAGCUAUGACCAGCUGGUGGAAGUCAGUUGCUAUGUCUGUGUGGAGACUGAAAUUGUCAGGAAGGAGAGAUAUGUCCUCCGUGAUCUGGAGAGUUCUACCCUUACAUCAGAUGUAGAUGAGGAUGAACCAGAAAUUUUGUCCCUUGAGAUCCUGCACACCAGUGGUGAUGUCUCCAGUGACAGCUACUGCACAAAAGUGUCAGGCUGA